AUGUUUGCCGAAAACCCAUCCGUCAUUCAAGACGGCCGGAAGAAUCCGAGGCACCCUGGCACCACAGCAUCUGUGCCACUAGUACUAGUACACGAUGGCGGAGGAACUACCUACAGUUAUUACCUGCUGGACGAGCUCGGACGUGUCAUGAUGGGCAUCGCUAACCCGCGAUUCGAAGCGGGCCCGCCGUGGGUCGGAGGGCUUCACGAGAUGGCUGCCCUCUAUGCCGACCUCUUGGUAUCCUCUGUCCGUUGCGGUCCUGUCAUUCUAGGCGGUUGGUCACUGGGCGGAAUGCUGGCCUUAGAAAUGGCGUACGUGCUAUCUGAAAAGUACCCGGCUAUCCACGUGGUCGGCCUGGUGAUGAUCGACAGCGUAUGCCCGAUGGCACCUUCAGGAGGGUGGGGGGAAGCCGAGUCUCGUCUCGUGGAACGUCGCAUUGAGUGGCCUGUGACCACAAAGGCUGCGACGAGAGCUGCAGUUCAGAGGUGCUUCGACGAGGCGCACAAGAUGGCGCGGGAGUGGGAACCACCCCCGACAUGGGCAUUUGUGGCCAGCCAGCCAAGCCAGGGACGGGAAGCAGAUGGUAGCUGUGACGAAGUUGCCAAUACGCCAGCGGCUACCCGGCCACCUCCUGUUGUUCUUCUGCGCUCGCUGAGUCCGGUGCCGGUGCCGGAGGGCGGUCUAUUGUUUGUCGACCUCUAUCGCCACGAACGCCAUCUAGGUUGGGAUAACUAUCGGCAGGACCUAUUUUGUCGAGUUAUUGACAUUCCGGGAAACCACUACACUGUUUUCAGCAUGGAUCACCUUGGCACGGUCAGCGAUAUGAUUAAGCUUGCGUGCCAGACAAUCGAGGACUUAUCUAGCCUGAAAUAA